AUGAUCGGAAAAGGUGGAGUUGCUGAGGUCUAUAAAGGACUUUGUUGUGAUACUCGUAAUGAACUUGAAGUUGCUGUUAAAUUAGUUGGAUACAAUACAAUUAAUCCUGGAAUGAGUAAGGGUCCAGAAACUUUGGAAGACUUACUUUAUGAUCCGAAAAAUGAGAUGAGAGUAUUCAAAGCAUUUCGUGAUAAAUAUCAUGGAUAUUCAGAAGAAAGUGGUAUUAUUGAAAUGAUUGAUGGUGGUGAAAUUAGCAACGUCCAGUAUUCUGAAUAUGACAAAGCUAAACACGAUUUUAAAUAUGUUAUUAUAACCGAAUUAGGUGGAAAUAACUUUUUAAAAUAUAUCGGAGAUCAAAUCUAUGAGAGAAAUGGACUUUCAGAAUCGGAACUAAUGGAGGAAUUAGUGAAACCAGCAACAGUUCUUUUUCAAAUGCAUGCUGUUGCCAUCCAUAUGGAUUUUAAACCACAAAAUGUUGUAUUUAAUUCUAAAAACAAUUUAAAAGCUAUAGACCUUGGAGGAAGUCUUUUAUUUGCUGAUAUUGAAAUUGAGAAUGAAAUUCCUGCAAUUCUUGUCGGAAGAAGAACAACCUCACUAUAUUUUUUGCCGCCCGAGCUACAUUCAUUAUUGAAAUCUGAGCUUGACAAACAUUACAAUGCAAAGGUAUUAUUAUUUAUUUUAAUGAAUUGUAAAACAGCACUUGAAUCUUUACCUAAUCAUUCAUUCAAAACCUUAACCUAUUCAAUUUGUCCAUAG